AUGGACGUGGACAUGGACGUGGACGUGGUCAUGGACGUGGACAUGGACGUGGACGUGGACGUGGACGUGGACAUGGACAUGGACGUGGACAUGGACGUGGACGUGGACAUGGACGUGGACAUGGACGUGGACGUGGACGUGGACAUGGACGUGGACGUGGACGUGGACAUGGACGUGGACGUGGACGUGGAGGACAUGGACGUGGACAUGGACGUUGACGUGGACGUGGACGUGGACUUGGACGUGGACCUGGACGUGGACGUGGACGUGGACGUGAACGUGGACAUGGACGUGGACGUGGACGUGGACAUGGACGUGGACGUAGACGUGGACGUGGACGUGGAUGUGGACGUAGACAUAGACGUAGACGUGGACGUGGACGUGGACAUGGACGUGGACGUGGACGUGGAGGUGGAUGUGGACGUGGACAUGGACGUGGACGUGGACGUGGACAUGGACGUGGACGUGGACGUGGACGUGGACGUGGACGUGGACGUGGAUGUGGACAUGGACGUGGACGUGGACAUGGACGUGGACGUGGACAUGGACGUGGACAUGGACGUGGACGUGGACGUGGACAUGGACGUGGACGUGGACGUGGACGUGGACAUGGACGUGGACGUAGACGUGGAGGACAUGGACGUGGACAUGGACAUGGACGUGGACGUGGACAUGGACGUGGACGUGGACACGGACGUGGACGUGGACGUGGACAUGGACGUGGACGUGGACGUGGUGGUGGACGUGGACAUGGACGUGGACGUGGACGUGGACGUGGACGUGGAAUGGACAUGGACACGUGGACAUGGACGUGGACGUGGACGUGGACAUGGACGUGGACGUGGACAUGGACGUGGACGUGGACGUGGUGGUGGACGUGGACAUGGACGUGGACGUGGACGUGGACGUGGACGUGGACGUGGAAUGGACGUGGACAUGGACGUGGACGUGGACGUGGACGUGGACGUGGACAUGGACCUUGACGUGGACGUGGACCUGGACGUGGACGUGGACGUGGACCUGGACGUGGACCUGGACGUGGACGUGGACGUGGACGUGGACAUGGACGUGGACGUGGACACGGACAUGGACGUGGACCUGGACACGGACGUGGACGUGGACGUGGACGUGGACAUGGACGUGGACGUGGACGUGGAGGACAUGGACGUGGACAUGGACGUGGACGUGGACGUGGACAUGGAUGUGGACGUGGACAUGGACAUGGACGCGGACAUCGACGUGGACGUGGACAUGGACGCGGACAUGGACGUGGACGUGGACAUGGACGUGGACGUGGACGUAGACAUGGACGUGAACGUCCACGUGGACGUGGACAUGGACAUGGACGUGGACGUGGACGUUGAUGUGGACGUGGACGUGGACGUUGACGUGGACAUGGACGUGGACGUGGACAUGGACGUGGACGUGGACGUGGACAAGGACGUGGACGUGGACGUGGACAUGGACGUGGACAUGGACGUGGACGUGGACAUGGACGUGGACGUGGACGUGGAGGACUUGGAUGUGGACAUAGACGUGGACGUGGACGUGGACGUGGACGUGGACAUGGACAUGGACGCGGACAUGGACGUGGACGUGGACAUGGACGUGGACAUGGACGUGGACGUGGACGUGGACGUGGACGUGGACAUGGACGUGGACGUGGACGUGGACAUGGACGUGGACGUGGACAUGGACGUGGACGUGGACGUGGCCGUGGACAUGGACGUGGACGUGGAAAUGGACGUGGACGUGGACGUGGACGUGGACAUGGACGUGGACGUGGACGUGGACAUGGACGUGGACGUGGACAUGGACGUGGACGUGGACAUGGACGUGGACAUGGACGUGGACGUGGACGUGGACGUGGACGUGGACGUGGACGUGGACAUGGACGUGGACGUAGACGUGGAGGACAUGGACGUGGACAUAGACGUGGACAUGGACGUGGAGGACAUGGACGUGGACAUGGACAUGGACGUGGACGUGGACAUGGACGUGGACAUGGACAUGGACGUGGACGUGGACGUGGACAUGGACGUGGACGUGGACGUGGACAUGGACACGGACGUGGACGUGGACGUAGACGUGGACGUGGACAUGGACGUAGACGUGGACGUGGACAUGGACGUGGACGUGGAGGACAUGGACGUGGACAUGGACGUGGACGUGGACGUGGACGUGGACAUGGAUGUGGACGUGGACGUGGACGUGGACAUGGACGCGGACAUCGACGUGGACGUGGACAUGGACGUGGACAUGGACGUGGACGUGGACAUGGACGUGGACAUGGACGUGGACGUGGACAUGGACGUGGACGUGGACGUGGACAUGGACGUGGACGUGGACGUGGAGGACUUGGAUGUGGACAUGGACGUGGACGUAGACGUGGACGUGGACGUGGACGUAAAUGUGGACAUGGACGUGGACCUGGACGUGGACAUGGACGUGGACGUGGACAUGGACGUGGACAUGGACAUGGACGUGGACGUGGACGUGGACAUGGACGUGGACGUGGACGUGGACAUGGACGUGGACGUGGACGUGGAGGACAUGGACGUGGACAUGGACGUGGACAUUGACGUGGACAUGGACGUGGACAUGGACGUGGACAUGGACGUGGACGUGGACAUGGACGUGGACAUGGACGUGGACGUGGACAUGGACACGGACGUGGACAUGGACAUGGACCUGGACAUGGACGUGGACGUGGACCUGGACAUGGACGUGGAUGUGGACGUGGAGGACGUGGACAUGGACGUGCACGUGGACGUGGACGUGGACGUGGACAUGGAUGUGGACGUGGACAUGGACGCGGACAUCGACGUGGACGUGGACAUGGACGUGGACAUGGACGUGGACGUGGACAUGGACGUGGACGUGGACGUGGACGUGGACGUGGACGUGGACGUGGACAUGGACGUGGACGUGGACGUGGACGUGGACGUGGACAUGGACGUGGACGUGGACGUGGAGGACAUGGACGUUGACAUGGACGUGGACGUGGACGUGGACGUGGACAUGGACAUGGACGUGGACGUGGACGUGGACGUGGACAUGGACGUGGACGUGGACGUGGACGUGGACGUGGACAUGGACGUUGACGUGGACGUGGACGUGGACGUGGACAUGGACGUGGACGUGGACAUGGACGUGGACGUGGACAUGGACGUGGACGUAGACGUGGAGGACACGGACGUGGACAUGGACGUGGACGUGGACGUGGACGUGGACAUGGACACGUACGUGGACGUGGACAUGGACAUGGACGUGGACGUGGACGUGGACAUGGACGUGGACGUGGACGUGGAGGACAUGGACGUGGACAUGGACAUGGACGUGGACGUGGACGUGGACGUGGAAAUGGAUGUGGACGUGGACGUGGACGUGGACAUCGAUGCGGACAUCGACGUGGACGUGGACAUGGACGUGGACAUGGACGUGGACGUGGACAUGGACGUGGACGUGGACGUAGACAUGGACGUGGACGUGGACGUGGAGGACUUGGAUGUGGACAUGGACGUGGACGUGGACGUGGACGUGGACAUGGACGUGGACAUGGACGUGGACGUGGACAUGGACGUGGAUGUGGACGUGGACGUGGACAUGGACGACGUGGACACGGACACGGACAUGGACGUGGACGUGGACGUGGAUGUGGACGUGGACGUGGACGUGGACGUGGAGGUGGACGUGGACGUGGACACGGACGUGGACGUGGACGUGGACAUGGACACGGACGUGGACAUGGACAUGGACAUGGACAUGGACGUGGACGUGGACGUGGACGUGGACAUGGACGUGGACGUGGACGUGGACGUGGACGUGGACCUGGACGCGGACAUCGACGUGGACGUGGACCUGGACGUGGACAUGGACGUGGACGUGGACACGGACAUGGACGUGGACGUGGACGUGGAUGUGGACGUGGACGUGGACGUGGACGUGGAGGUGGACGUGGACGUGGACGUGGACGUGGACAUGGACGUGGACGUGGACGUGGACGUGGACAUGGACGUGGACGUGGACGUGGACGUGGAUGUGGACAUGGACGUUGACGUGGACGUGGACAUGGACGUGGACGUGGACAUGGACGUGGACGUGGACGUGGAGGACACGGACGUGGACAUGGACGUGGACGUGGACGUGGACGUGGACAUGGACACGGACGUGGACGUGGACGUGGACAUGGACGUGGACGUGGACGUGGACGUGGACGUGGAGGACAUGGACGUGGACGUGGACGUGGACAUGGACGUGGACGUGGACGUGGACGUGGACGUGGAGGACAUGGACGUGGACGUGGACGUGGACAUGGAUGUGGACGUGGACGUGGACGUGGACAUGGAUGCGGACAUCGACGUGGACGUGGACAUGGACGUGGACAUGGACGUGGACGUGGACAUGGACGCGGACGUGGACGUGGACGUAGACAUGGACGUGGACGUGGACGUGGAGGACUUGGAUGUGGACAUGGACGUGGACGUGGACGUGGACGUGGACAUGGACGUGGACAUGGACGUGGACGUGGACAUGGACGUGGAUGUGGACGUGGACGUGGACAUGGACGUGGCAUGGACGUGGACAUGA